AUUAUGGGAGUGGGAAAGUGGACCACAAAAGCAUCUGAUGGGAGCCAAAGCACUUCAAUAGGCGACAGACAGGUACUUGCUUAGCUGAGAGCUGAGGGGAACACACUGCAUUAUGUAAAGAUUGUAUUUUUGCUCCAACAAAGACUACCCUUUUGUCAAAUAUGGAUUACGAAAGGAUCCAAAAGCCUCAGGGUGGGGGGGGAUUUUCACCAGGAAGAUUGAGGAGCAUGCUACUUGGUGUGGAGAAGAAGAGGAAAGAAGAGGAAGAGCUUGGUUCUACUUUCACCAUGAGAUCUCAGAAUUCAGACAUGGAUGAAUCUGGUGGUAGCAGUUCAGAUCAUUGUAAAGAUGUAGACAUUGUGAGCGUCCUUCCUGAAUAUUCAACUUCUACUAUAGCUCGCACCAGUAGCAUAGAGGCAGUUGGUGGUGAUCGUAUUGUGAAGGUGAAUGCAGUAGCGACUUCAAGGAAUAGAAUCAUAGAAGAUCCAUCUUCUGAUUAUGAUAGUGGGCAUGAUAACAUGAGCAUGUUCUCAUCCAUGUUUGAAUUUCAGAAGGCUGAACAUGCUCCACAGAGAGUGCCAGUGGGGCCAUUCUCUAAAGCAGCUCCAUCUAAAUGGGAUGAUGCCCAGAAAUGGAUAGCUAGUCCAACGUCAAACAGGCCAAAGACAGUGCAGUCCCAGGGGCAUGGUGGGCAUGUUGGAAUGCGUAAAGUUGGUGGUCUUGCUUAUGGAAGCCGGCAACCUUCAAUGAAGGUUGUAGUUGAAGUUCCAGAUCAAAGAGAAAUUGCUUUAGAUGAACCAGAUACCAAGCAAAUUGAUACAGAUCAAACAAAAAUGGAAAGUGGAGGACAGAAAUUUGUGAGUUGGGAGGCAGAUCCCUAUGCAAUUGAAAAUUCUUGUGUUAGUCUCAGCCAGCAUAAUUCAUCUCUUGUGGUCCAGAGUGCAACUACAUUUGUUCCUCCCCCUUCAACAGCUCGAUCUGUGUCAAUGAGGGAUAUGGGUACAGAAAUGACCCCCAUUGCUAGCCAGGAGCCAUCAAGAACAGGUACACCAGUGAGGGCAACAACACCAAUUCGCAGCCCAAAUUCUUCCCAACCUUCCACUCCCACCAGAGCUGCCUCUGCAUCUACUUUAACUGAUCCACACAUUGACAAUCUAAAUCUCAACAAGAAUGAGUUGUCUGAAAAGGAGCUACAAAUGAAAACCAGGCGAGAAAUAAUGGUCCUUGGGGCACAACUAGGCAAAAUGAACAUUGCUGCAUGGGCUAGCAAAGAAGAAGAGGAUAAAGAUGCAUCCACUUCCCUUAAAACUAAAACAGAACCACCUAAGAGUGUUGUUGAAGCACGUGCAGCUGCAUGGGAGGAGGCUGAGAAGGCCAAGUAUAUGGCUAGGUUUAGGCGUGAGGAAAUGAAAAUUCAGGCAUGGGAAAAUCAUCAGAAAGCAAAAACAGAAUCCAAGAUGAGAAAAAUUGAGGUAGAAGUUGAAAGAAUACGGAGUAACGCACAUGAUAAGCUAAUGAAUAAAUUAGCAGCUGCACGGCACAAGGCUGAGGAGAAGCGAGCCACAGCAGAAGCCAAUAGAAAUCAUCAAGCUGCAAAAACUGAAGAGCAAGCAGAGUAUAUACGAAGAACUGGUCAUGUCCCUUCCUCAUAUUUAUCAUUUUCUUGCUGCAGUUGGUGCUCUUAAAGAAAGGCAAUCCUUGUCAGUGUUUCUUUUUCUUUCUAUAGCUAUGCGAUGCCUUUUGCUGCUUUAUGCUUACACCCAAGGAUGUUUGCAUUUCCCUCAUGGUGUAAAAUGUUGCAUUAUUAUGCAGAAUAAAUGCAAUUAGAAGAGCUAUGUCAUUCGUCUAGUUUUUAUUUUCUUAAUUUAUUUUGGGCUUCAUAACUAUUCCUGUAAAUAUCUCCCACUAAAUAUUAUUGUAUGGCCCCCAUAGUCAAGAAAGACGCUUAAAAAACGAAGCUGUGUCAUGUCUAUGCAAAUAUAGCAGUCGGUUGAACUUC